AUGCACGCUAUCUUCAAGGGGGGAAAGGUCCUCCAUGUCGGCAUCGGCAUCGUCUUCGCCUUCGCGGUCGAGCGCGCCUUCUUGACAUUGUUAGAAGAGGAGGAGCCAGUUCGUACGCAGCCAGAGAAGGUUUCUGUUCUUACUUCAUUAUUAAUUUAUUAUCCACCAGGUCGGUCAGCUUCAGCUAUAGCCGUCAAGCUUAGCGGCAGCCGGACGUCGUCGAUCGGUCGGCACGGCACGCCGACGACGAGAGCGCGGCUGCCAUCCAUGCAUGCAUGCAUGAAUGGGCCGGAUUACUGCUACUACUUUUCGCGCUUUCAGAACCAGCUCGAUCGCGCGGUCCAGCAAAAUCAACUGGUCAUGACGGACGCGGAUAUCAUAUGCGCGUCGCCGUCUCGCGAAGUAGACUGCGGCCUGCAGCCGGCGGAAGUUUUCUCAAAGCCACACCACCACUACACCAAUUACCAGACUACACAUUUUCACAUGGCGUCCCAUGAUGCUACCGACACCGCCACCGCCGCCGUUCCAGAGGUGGCGCCUGUGUUUCUUCCCACGGUGUGGGGCGACUUCUUCAUCAACUACAGUCCAGAACCGUUUCAGUUUUAUGUGCCGAAUCCCAGUUGUUUCAUGGUCCGACCUAAAGUAAUUACCUGGUCUGGAGCCCUUGUUGAGAUAUGCCUGGAUUCUAUGUCAGAGGAAAGGAUGACAGAGAGGUCCAAUCAACUGAAGGAGAGAAUAAUUGGGUUAUUUUCCUGCAGUACCAUAGUUGAGCAACUGAACCUUGUAGACACACUCCAACACCUGAGUGUAGAUCAUCAUUUUCAUGAACAAAUUGACUCCACAUUGAGAAGCACUCAUGCUGGUGAGUUCAAUAGCUCCAGCCUUCAUGAUGUCGCCCUUCGGUUCCGCAUACUGCGGCAGCAAGGCCUUUGGGUGUCUCCAGAUGUAUUCAGCAAGUUUAAAGACGAAGAUGGGGCCUUCCAUGUUAACAUAACUAACGACCCAAGGGGCCUGUUAAGUUUAUACAAUGCAGCAUACCUUUUUAUCCAUGGGGAGACAGAGCUUGAAGAAAGCAUCUCGUUUGCGAGGCAACACCUCGAAUCGAUGGAAGGUAAGCUUGAGUACCCAUUGGCAGAGCAAGUCAGGCGGGCCCUUCACUUACCACUGCCAAGGACCUUGAAGAGAGUCGAGGCGCUGCAUUAUAUGGCAGAGUACAAACAAGAGCCGAUGCACAACUCCUCCAUUCUGGAGUUCGCCAAACUGGACUUUAACCUUCUGCAGCGUCUCCACUUGAAGGAGCUCAAGGCUCUCUCUAGAUGGUGGAAAAAUCUGUACCGAGAAGUGGGACUAAACUACUCGCGGGAUCGCGUGGUUGAGUGCUACUUCUGGGCGUAUACGGCAUACUAUGAGAAAGAGUAUACAUGCGCAAGGAUGAUUCUCGCCAAGAUAAUCGCAAUAAUAAUAAUGACAGACGACACUUAUGAUGUCCGUGCUACUUUGGUGGAGUGUAGACAGCUCAAUGAAGCUAUACAAAGAUGGGAGGAGAGUGCUACUUCUCUUCUACCAGAGUACUUGCAGAAGUUCUACCUCAAGCUGAUGAGCACCUUCAAGGAGUUUGAGAACGAAUUGAAACCAGAUGAGAAGUGCCGGGUCUCUUUUAGCACAAAAGCGUUUCAAAUAUUAUCAAGCAACUAUCUCCAAGAAGCCGAAUGGUUUCAUCAAAAUCACAAGCCAAGAUUUAAUGAUCAAGUGAAAGUAUCAAGUGUGUGCUCAGGCGGACCAUGGGUAUGUGUUGGGUUGCUAGUUGGCAUGGGCGAUACUGCAACCAAGGAGGCACUGGAAUGGGCCCUCGGUUGCACUGAUGCUGUAAGGGCUUGUGCAGAGGUGACACGUUUCAUGAAUGAUCUUGCUUCAUUUAAGCGUGGAAAGAACAAAAAUGAUGUGGCCAGCUCUGUGGAAUGUUACAUCAGUGAGCACGGCGUGGCAAGUGAGGUUGCCAUUGCCAAGAUAGGUUCUCUGAUCGAAGAUGCAUGGAAGACUACGAACCAAGCACGCUUUGAGCUCCCUAAGCUGCUGCUUCCGGCGGUGCAGCGAGUCGCAAAUAUAACGAUCAGCAUGCCGUUCAUGUAUGAUGACAAGACAGAUGCUUUUACGUUCAGCAACCGUCUUGAGGGGACGAUUAAGCGACUGUUUGUCAAUCCUAUUGAGUUCUAGACAUGAGGAUGUGGUAUAUGAGUGUCCAUGAAAUCAUCCACCGACAGAAGCACCAGCGCCCCCGUGCUAAUGAAAGAUGUAUCAGGACACUUCCAAUCUGCUGCACCUUGGCUUGAUCAUUAUCUUUGUGAAAUUUUACUAUGAAUGCAAUAAGACUUGCAUUAUUUUGCUAGUACUUUAAAUGCAACAAAAAGUAGUUUUAGUUUUCUUUUUUUUUUUUGAAACCAGAGUUUUAGUUUUCUUAUCAGGCUUACUGUCAUUAUUUGGCGUGUAUUUGGAUUGUAAUCAUCAGUCGACUGAUUUUCAUUUCAGUCUAAGUCGAUUUUUCUGUCCAAUGAGGCGAUGACACAUCUUUUCAUUUGUUUUUUAGUGUGGUCCAUUGCAAA